GUCACUUUUGUUUUUUCCACUUGCCAGUUCUCAGUUCUGCGUGUUGUCACUUGUUGACUUCGUGAUAAUUAUACUCGUAUCUAUCGUACUGGGGAAAGACAUUGUGGAUAGUACGAUUAUUUCUGUGAACAUGAACAGCGCCAUGUCGCUCGUGCAGAGACCCAGCCAGGCGCUGAGUUUGAGUGAGACACAGUUGGGGCAGCUGUCGUUAUCCGACACGAAGCUGCCGUGCAGACCUCGUCCCCAGGCUGUUGGCCGUAGUUCUCUGGGCAACAUGCACACGUCGUCGGACUCGGGGGAACGGCAGGAUAACGCCGUGGCGCGACGGGUCGCGGGUGGAUUCGCGCUUCCACAGGCUGGGAGUGCAGCGGAGAGUGUGGUGGCGGCCUUCCUGGGUGCCCAUCAACGCGUGCUGCAGAAGGUGGGGAUCCUGCCGAACGCGCAGCAGCUGUUGGCCGUCUGCGAGGCGUACCGCGCGGACGUCUUCGCCCUGCUGGACAAGAAGUUCCUCCCCAAUGUGCCGGCGCUGUGGACCAGUGCGGCGAUGCGCUACGCAGCGCCGCCGCUCGCUCCUGCAAUCACCGCUCCCGAUUCCUCCCUGGUGGCCAUGCACCAGUUGUUGGGAAGCGUUAACAGCCUGAUCGUGCAGGAAAAGCACCGGGAGUACUUGGAGGGCUUGAACGUGGAAUCACUGCUGCGGAACACGCGCGCCAUCAUGGACGAGUACGCUUUGGAUCAUCCUUACUUCAACUACGACUGGCUGGUGGAGUGGCUGAAAGUGCUGCGCGUGCUCUUCCCGAAGUGGGCGGGCUACGUCGUGCUGGAGUUGGUGGGGGACUUUGAGGGCGUGGAGCUGGACUACGGGGCCGUGCUGACGGGGGACUCCAGUCCGAAGGUGCUGCUGAUCGUCAAGGGCUUCCUGGGCCGCUGGCCGGGCUACGAGCGCGCGGGGGAGUUCCGGCAGGAGUGGGACCUGUGGACCAUGUCGCAGCAGAUGCGCCGCAACGGCGUCGCCGCUUUCCCCGAGCGCAUGUUCUGGCUGUGCUUCCGCGGAGUGCACUGUGGGUGUGGCUGGCAGGAGGGCGCCGUGUUCCCGAAGCGCGUCUGGCCCGAUGACGCCGACAUCUACCACGACAUCCGCCACGAUGAAUCGGUCCGAACGCUGUGCCGCUUUGCGCAGUCGGUGGUGGAGCGCAUGAUACGUGGCCAAUGGGUCAUCAAUCGCGCUGUCCUCGAUAACUGUUGUUCCUGUGACCCUUUCCGUAGACUUGAAUGUUGAACCGGAACUCUAAAGGCCCUGCUGGUUUUGAAUUGGAC